CACCGUUUUGUUUGAGCACACAGUCACAGUAAUUAAUUAAUAAAUAAAUAAAUUACCAAAAUUAAGAAAAAUUAUAAUUAAAAAUUAGUAGAGGGAGAGUGUAGACUAGGGGAGUGACUUUGUGGGGUUUUAAAUCCACAUCUCUGUUCAUUUCCGUCUUAACAUUGGGAUUAUCAGGAGAGCUGUCAUCACCUCCAAGCUCAAUCCGAUCCGAUGGAGGUCGAUAACAAGAUGUACAGUGUGGGUUUGCUCAUAGUCGCCACCCUUUUGGUGGCCAAGCUCAUCUCUGCCCUCAUUAUGCCUCGAUCUAAUAAGCGUCUUCCUCCCGUUGUCCCCUCAUGGCCUCUCAUCGGGGGUCUUCUUCGGUUCAUCAAUGGUCCCAUUCUCAUGCUACGCGAAGAGUACCCUAAGCUUGGCAGUGUAUUUACUCUCAAUAUCUUUCAUAAAAAGAUCACCUUCUUGGUGGGUCAUGAGGUUUCCGCUCACUUCUUCAAGGCCUCCGAGUCCGAUCUCAGCCAGCAGGAGGUUUACCAGUUCAAUGUUCCUACUUUCGGACCUGGAGUUGUCUUCGAUGUCGAUUACACUGUCCGCCAGGAGCAAUUCCGCUUCUUUACCGAGGCUCUCAGAGUCAAUAAGCUCAAGGGUUAUGUCGAUCAGAUGGUUACCGAGGCUGAGGAUUACUUCUCCAAAUGGGGAGACAGUGGAGAAGUGGACCUAAAGUAUGAACUAGAGCAUCUGAUUAUCCUCACCGCUAGCAGAUGUCUUUUGGGUCGAGAAGUUCGUGACAAGCUCUUUGAUGAUGUUUCUGCUUUGUUCCACGACCUUGACAAUGGCAUGCUUCCUAUCAGUGUCCUCCUCCCUUACCUUCCCAUUCCAGCUCAUCGCCGCCGUGACCAGGCACGCAAGAAGUUAGCUCAAAUCUUUUCACACAUCAUAAAUUCCCGCAAACAAAGUGGCAAGUCAGAGAAUGACAUGUUGCAGUGUUUUAUUGAUUCCAAGUACAAAGAUGGUCGUCCAACAAGUGAAUCUGAGGUCACUGGCUUGCUCAUUGCUGCUCUAUUUGCCGGCCAGCACACUAGUUCUAUCACCUCAACUUGGACCGGUGCAUAUCUUCUGAGUCACAAACAGUUCCUGUCUGCUGCAGUGGAUGAGCAGAGAGAACUUUUGAAAAAGCAUGGGAAUAAGGUGGAUCAUGAUAUCUUGUCUGAGAUGGAUGUCCUGUACCGAAGCAUUAAAGAAGCCCUGAGACUCCAUCCCCCGCUAAUUAUGCUCCUACGUAGCUCACAUAGUGACUUUACAGUGCAAACCCGAGAAGGGAAACAAUAUGACAUUCCCAAAGGCCACAUAGUUGCCACAUCACCAGCUUUCGCCAACCGCCUUCCUCAUGUUUUCAAGGAUCCAGAUAGCUAUGAUCCCGAAAGGUUUGCAGUUGGGAGAGAAGAGGACAAGGUGGCAGGGCCUUUCUCUUAUAUCUCAUUUGGAGGUGGCAGGCAUGGCUGCCUAGGGGAGCCAUUUGCCUACUUGCAGAUUAAGGCAAUCUGGAGCCAUUUGCUUAGGAACUUUGAGUUCGAACUUAUCUCGCCUUUCCCUGAGAUUGAUUGGAAUGCCAUGGUUGUGGGUGUCAAAGGAAAGGUGAUGGUCCGGUACAAGAGGCGGGAGCUAUCUGUGAACUAAUAAUUCCAGAUAAUUAGGUUUGCUAGCGAUCGUGGUUGCUAAGUUUAGCUAUUUAGACGUUUUUGGCUCAUUUUUUUAUGCAUUUCUAUUGUAUCAGCUUCCGCAUUCUGCUGUCUCUUAAACUCUCAAGUAUUUACUUUUCUGUUUGAUCGUUGCGUGUGUUAAGCUGCCACACAAUGUGACGAUAUCGUAGCUUGCAAUUUGCAGUGAGUAUAGUACCUCUUGGAUGAUGAUGCUUUGAUUUUUUGUUUGUUGUAGUUGAACUUGAUUACAUUGAUUUUUUGUUUCUUGUUGUAGCUGAACUUGAUAAGAAGGCAAUAACUAGAAUAACUAGAUCUCUUAUCUUA